AUGGCCGAAGGCGAAACUUCUCUAGAGAAUGCAAGGUGUGAUAUUUUGGGCUUUCGUUUCGUUUUCCAAUCGAAUUCGUACACGGGGAUGCUCUUUUGUCUGCACAAUAAGCGUGUUAAUGUAAUGCCGUUAGAAAGACUCGAGUGCUCGUCUAGUGCAUCAAACAUGACUAUCUCCCCGUCUCGCCACAGCUUGUUAAGGCCAUUCCAUGGGCACGGGCUUGCUCGUUCCCUCCAGAAGUCACUCGCCAGGACGAGCGCCAGUUCCGGGCGGAGCCGGAGCCCUAGAAAGCGCUUGGCCAAGCCGGCCGAGGAUUCCAGCCGCUUGCACGUCAGCCAGCUCUCGAGGAAUGCGAACGAGUCCCAUCUCAAGGAGAUUUUCGGGAACUAUGGGGAUAUUAUUGCUGUGGAUCUUGCGAUGGACAAGACGGUGAAUCUUCCAAAGGGAUUUGCGUACGUGGAUUACAAGAGCAAAUCGGAUGCUGAAAAAGCUCAACAGUUCAUGGAUGGGGCUCAAGUCGAUGGACUCGUCAUCAGUGUAAAGCUCACAAGAAAGGUAUCCCCGGCACGAGGGGUGUUUCCAAAGCGAGACGCUGCGCCACCGCGACGAAGGCCACCAGCUUCGUCGCCGGUAAGGCGACGGUCACCUUCACCAGGAUUCCGAAGGCGACGGAGGUCUCCAAACAGGAGCCCAAUACGAAGGCCUAUGGGUCGUCAGCGAUCGCCAGCUCCUUACAGGCGCAGGUCACCACUUCCAGUCAGGCGAGGACGUACACCACCCCGGAGGUCUUCCCCAGUUCGACGUCGUUCAAGGACCCCUCCACCGAGGCGUAUGCGCUCGCCUCCAAGGCGGAUGAUGCGAUCGCGUUCCAGAUCGCGUUCGGCUCCUAGAAGAGCAAGAUCACCACCAAACAGGCGGGGCAGGUCAAGCUCCUACUCAUCCGGAUCUCCUAGUCCAGUGAGAAGAAGAUCACCUGUCCGGGGGGGAGCAAGGAAAUCUACGAGAAGCAGAAGUCCAAAGAGAGCUACCAGCAGCAGUCCCAGCCGAAGUCCUGUUUCUCCAAAGAACACCAACCAGGCAACGAAAGCCAAGUGAGCUGCGGGCUGCAAAGUCGAUUCCACAGCGAGUCCCUCAACCUCUCUGCCCAGCAUUUUUCCUGCAUUAUUUAUUUUUGUAUAGGCAUGUUUAAUAGCCUGCUUGCUUGCUUGCAUUCUUUCUUUUCGACUUACUGAUAGUUUGUUUGCGCUUGAAAUUGCAUGGCUGUGUGCUUUUGUCGAGAUAGACUUUUGAUGAAAUACAACCUCUCUUUUGGCUUGGA